GCGAGGGCCUUUUAGAUGUCACUGGAAGAGACAGCUGGCGACGCAUUUCAUUCGCCCUUAGCUGCUGGCUGUUUACAUCGCUUUCUCUUGCAGGCAUGAAGACCGCACUAAUUUUGUGCAUCGUGUUCUGUUCGUCAGCUUAUGGAGGACCUGAAUUGACGCCAGUGUGUCCGCACGACUGUCACUGCGGGGACAACUUUACGGUUGUCGCCUGUUCGCACCGGCAGUUGCACCGUUUUCCUGAGCCGCUUCCCCACGGUAUUCAAGAACUGGACGUCAGUUUCAAUUCCAUCGAAGUCGUUCCGACUCUCCAGGUCGCGGGGCUCACCAAAGUCACGUUUUGCCACAAUCACGUGAGGACAAUUUCGCGCGGCACUUUCGCCCACACGACAGCUCUGCAUAUGCUGGACUUUAGCCAUAACUGUCUGGCUUCACUCUCAGCCGAUGAUCUGGACGGCUUGGAAUCGCUUACACAUUUGGACCUCAGUUGGAACGAACUCCGCAAGCUGGAGCGAUACGCCUUCCACAGGGUUCCGAAUCUGAGAACGCUGAAGCUAUCGGGAAACCCACUGAGAUUUGUCGACAGCUCGUGGUUCAAGAACUUGGAUGUCCUCGAAACGGUGGAGCUGCGGGCAAUAGAUGCUUACAGCCUGGCCCCCGAUGCCUUUGUGCUCGCUCCCAGGCUACACACGAUUGAUCUGUCUGAAAACGACUUCACCGACGUUCCGAAAGGGCUUGACAGCGCACGGAAUCUCAGGUUCCUAACAAUGGACCACAACCCCAUGGUGAACUUGAGCAGGGCUUCUCUGUCGGGUGCAAGAAAUUUAGAGGAACUUCACCUGAGUGAUAUGCCGCGACUCGAAAGCGUUGAGAAGGGCAGUCUUUGGAACAUGAGGCGCCUAACCCUCGUUAAUAUGAGCAACAACGUGCGACUAAAGGAGAUAAGUGACUCGGCGUUUCAUUGGGUAAAGUCGCCGAUCAUCAAGCUUAUACUGACCAAUAACAGCUUGCAGACUCUUGAUUACGCGUACAGCGGUCUCUGCGAUGCAGGAAUGCUGAACCUUGAUGGUAAUCCGUGGAUGUGCGACUGUCAAGUGCUAUGGAUGAGACGCUGCAAUGCGACGCAAGAUCUAAGGUGUAACGGCCCGCCAACCUUGGCUGGCAAGUACAUCGGCCACCUGACGCUGCCCGAAAUGAGCUGUCCAUUGAGCCAGCGACUUCUGCUUCGCUUCGAAGAGACUGGCGGCAACAAACUCAUGCUCACGAUUGUGGGUGUGUGCGCGCUCGCUCUGACGUUGGCCGCCGGCUUGUGCUUUUGGCGGGGGCGGAAGCGACGCCUGCAAAAAGACGCCCGUUAUAGCGCCGUCCACUACGCCCACGUGACUCCGAAAUGCGACGCUUCGUGAACGUGUGUGUGAACCUGCCUGCUGAAAAGGAACGCACUUCGAACCGCAAACCGCAGUGGGCGCAACCGCGCCGUUCGUCGCUGAAGGGGACGUGAUGAAACGACUUAGCGUGGAAGCUCGGGCCUGUUCGCGAUUCACUGAAGAAAGGACACAGCGUAAGUAAGACAGGGACACGAGAGGGCGACACGCACAAAGCGCUGACUUACAACAGUUUAUUCAUGAAGACAUUAAGCAAUAAAUAUAUAGGGUGCUACCAUGCGCAACAUGCGAAUGAUUGGGAAAAAGCCUGGAGCAUCGUUUGCAAUGCUGAUAACGGUAACCACGUGCCUACAGAGCGCACGGAAUGCUUUCCAUUCAAACCCUGUCAAGAUGCGCCACUUCCCGAGAUAAAAGCGCAAUCGAAGGAGAACUGACGCACGAGCCAUCAAACUUUCUAAUGAAAUCUGCCUCAAUGAUUUCACGUGUCACCUGUGAAUUAUGUUUAGCCAGCACUUCGCUUUUUUUCCAAGUAGGGCUUACGCCCGUGGUCGCGGCAAUGAAUAUCCAGCGUGUCGCUCUCUCGUGUCCCUGUCUUUUUUGCGCUGUGUCCUUUUUCCAGUGACGAAGCCUUUUGACCUUGCGUCAGCAAGCACGCAAUUAUAAAACAUCCACGUGUGACAGUGCACCACAUCACCACCAAAAUUCACGCUGCACAGAAUGGAUAAUAUCGGUGCUUCAUAAAACCUUAGGAGAGUUAACUGUACUCGUGGGGACAAAUGUGCCAAGCGUGUGUGUGCUUGAUUACAAACGUUCGUGUCACGCCGAGCAUUUUUAUCACCGCAGUUCUUUUUUUUCAAGUGACAGAAAAUGAAUGACGUUGUUCAGGAAA